GUGUUUGUAAAUGUGCUCAUGUGUUUGUCCGUGUGUGCCUGUGUGUCUGUGUGUGUAUCUGUUUGUAAAUGUUUGUGUGUGCGUGUGUGUGUGUGCGUGUGCGUGUGUGUGUGCGUAGCUGGAAGCCCUGGGACACCUUCAAAGAGCGACCAGAGAUCCACGAUGGCGCCACUCCCUGGAAGUACAUCAAGAUCCUCUCCUUCCUGCUGUGCUGCCUGUGCGGCCUGGUCGUGUUCGCUCUGGCACUCUGUAGCAAGGCCAGCUUCCUGCUGCUCAUCACGGUGGCCGGCCCGACCGGGCACAGCGUGCCCCCGGAGAACAAGGCCCUAGUGCUGCUGGCCAUCUGGGGCACGCUGGUGGCCCCCAGCCUGCUGCUGAUGAUCAAGAACAUCUGGAAGGCCGUCUUCUUCGGCUCCAAGCUGCCCUCCGAGCACACCGUGGUCCUGGUGGUCUCGAUGGAGUUCCUGGUGUCGGGGGGGGCUGCCGUCCUGGCGCUGGCCGCCAUGCCCCACCUGGACAUCGUGACCAACAUGACGAUCCUCAACUCCGUGGCCGUCUUCUCCUCCUUGUUCCAAGUGGCGUCCCGGAGCCACGCCCGCCUCUGCAACAGCUGGAUAGUGGCGCCUGUGUUCUCGGUGCUGCUCAUCCUGGCGGGCCACACCCUGUUCCUGGCGCUGUACCUCAUGGACGCUGAGGGGCGGCGGGAGGCGGCGCUGCGCUGCGGCCUGGCCGUGGGCGCCACCGUGCUGGUGUCCCUCACCUGGUGGCAGAACUACCUGCCCCACCUGCUGCUGCCCCGCCACGCGUGGCUGACGGAGGAGAUGCAGCGCUGCGCCGUGGUGGUGCACCUGCUCACCAGCUUCACGCGGCUGGCCGUGACCGCCUGCGUGUUGGCCGCCUACGUGCCGCUGUCCGGGGGGGCGUGGAGCUCCGUGUGGGCCCCUGUGGCCCCGGCGGUGGGCCGGCUCCUGGCCACGCUGGCCGGGCUGCAGCUGCUGUCCUCGGUGGUCGGCCAUUGGCUGUCGCUGGCGGCGUGCAAGAUGAACGCGCUGCGCCGCUGCUUCCUGCUGCCGCUCUACCUGGCCUCGCUCGCCCUGCUGCCCCUCUUCCUCGCGCCCGUCUUCAUCUACUUCCAACUGCAGCAGGACGCCGAGGGGCCCGGCUACGGCUUCGCCCGAUACUGCGAGGAAGCAGUGCAUGCUGGGAGGCAUACCCUGGGGGACGGGGGGUUCCAGAGGCUGGUUCUGGACGCCACCACCCAGCUGUGUGCCCUGGGGGUGGAGCGGCCACGCCAGACCGGCCUUCUGACCUGCGCGGCCGUGUGCUGGUGGGUGGGCUUCCUGCUGGCCACCGCCCACACGUGGGCCCUGCGGCUGCAGCGCAUCCAGACCACCAAGCAGCUGUUCGUCAGACGCAUGUACGAGGGGGCGUGGCUAGAGCAGGGGCUGCUCCUCAACGCACGCUUCAACAUGCGCCCGCCGCUGAGACGCACGCCGGUGCCUGAGGAGAAGCUCACACUAUACAUGUGUGCGACCAUGUGGCACGAGACCUUCAGCGAGAUGGAGAAGAUCAUCAUCUCCAUAUUCCGCUGGGACCAGUUCAGGCCUCACGACGACCGGGAAGUCAACAACCUCACCACCGAGGCCCACAUCUUCUUCGACGACGCCUUCCGGACCGUCCCGGUCAGCGGCGAGCGACACGCCAACCAGUAUGUGGAGGAUAUGGUCCAGGUGAUCCAGAAGGUCUAUAGCCUGUUCCAGGAGGACGAGCAGAGCCCGUUCAUGGGCCCGGGGCCGAUCGGGGACCAGAUUCUGCUCCGCACCCCGUACGGAGGGCGUCUGAAUGUCACGCUGCCGUGCGGCAACCUACUGGUGGUCCACCUCAAGGACAAGAGCCUGAUCCGCCACAAGAAGAGGUGGUCCCAGAUCAUGUACAUGUACUACCUGUUGGGCUGGAGGCUGGACACGCGCUUCUACCGGAGGUGGCUGAACGGAGAGGACCAGGCCCAAAUCGAGAGGGAGAAGGAGAGGGAGAGGAAGAACACGUACAUCCUGGCCCUGGACGGCGACACCGACUUCCAUCCGCCGGCCGUGAUGCUUCUGAUCGACCGGCUGAAGCAGUACCCCGAUGUGGGGGCCGCCUGCGGCCGGAUCCACCCUACUGGCACAGGCCCCAUCGUGUGGUACCAGAAGUUUGAGUACGCGCUGACCCACUGGUUGUACAAGACGGCGGAGCACGUCCUGGGCUGCGUCCUCUGCAGCCCCGGCUGCUUCAGUCUGUUCCGCGGCGCCGCCCUCAUGGACGUCAACAUCAUGAAGAGGUACACCACCCCCCCCACCGAGGCCCUGCACCACAUCCAGUACGACCAGGGAGAGGACCGCUGGCUGUGCACCCUGAUGCUGCAGCAGGGCUGGAGGGUGGAGUACAACGCCGCCUCCGACGCCUACACCAACGCCCCCGAGGGCUUCAAGGAGUUCUACAACCAGCGUCGGCGCUGGACCCCCUCCACCCUGGCCAACAGCAUCGACCUGCUGGGCGGCAGCAUCCGGCUGGCCCGUAAGAACCGCUCCAUCUCCCGGCCCUACCUGCUGUACGAGAUGUUCAUCGUAGGGAGCAGCAUCCUCAUCCCGGCCACCGUCUGCCUCAUGGUCACCGGCAUGCUGUCCCUCCUGCUGGCCAUCGACCCCAACUGGGCCCUGAUCCUGGCCACCAUCCCGCCCGCCAUCUACCUGGGGCUGUGCUUCUACCUGAAGGCCGACACGCAAGUGACACUGGCGGCCGUGCUCAGCGUGCUCUACGCCCUCAUCAUGAUGGUCACCAUGCUGACCGUCAUCAGCUUUCUGGUGACGGACGACACCAUCUUCUCGCCGCUGGCCAUCUCCUUCGUGACCUUCGUGAUGGUGUACGUGGUGGCGGCGCUGCUCCACCCGCAGGAGGCGCACCUCAUCGUGUACGGCCUGCUCUACAUCCUGGCCAUCCCCUCGGCCUACCUGCUGCUCUCCAUCUACUCCAUCGUCAACAUGAACAACGUCUCCUGGGGGACCCGCGAGGGCGCCGCCACCGCCGGCGCAGCCGUGCCCCCGCCGCCACGCAACAAGAUGGAGUCAGCGAGGGACACCAUGAGGCAGCUCUACCAGCAGGCCAGGUGCUGCCGCUGCUCCUGUCUGAGGGAGUGCUCCGGCUACACCCAGGUCGGGCAGUGUGACUCAGACCUGCCCGUCAUCGCCGCCACUGGGGGCGAACCCAUGACAACCAUGGUGGAGCCAGGACCCCAGAACACCGUCGUGGGGGCAGGACCCCAGAACACCAUCGUGGGGGCUGGACCCCAGAACACCGUCGUGGGGGCAGGACCCCAGAACACCGUCGUGGGGGCUGGACCCCAGAACACCAUCGUGGAGCGCCAACCUGAGAUCAGCAGUGUGGGAGUGCAGACGAGCCCCCAGAGUUCACUAAGGAGAAGAGGGAGCCCUCUGUCUCCCGUUCGCCGACAAGAUUGGAUCGAUCGUCUCCGGGUCCUGUCAGGAGUACGGGUCUCCUUCCUCGAGGACAGUCUGGAGGAGCACGAGACCCAGUUCUGGAACGAUCUGACGGAGAGGUACCUGAAACCAUUCCCAGAUGACGAGGACAAGAAGAGGGAGACCAUCAAGAGUCUGAGAGAGCUGAGGAACAUGGCCACCUUCAUCUACUUCUUCGCCAACCUGCUGUGGCUGGUGGCGACCUUCACCCUGCAGCUGCUGAAGGGCGCGCUCAGCAUCCGCAUCCCCAAGUACGACAACAGCCUGACCUUCACCGGAGACUACAUCCUGGUGGAGCCCGUCACCUUCAUGUUCCUCUUCACCUUCGUCCUGCUCGUCGUGCUGCAGUUCCUCACCAUGCUGUUCCACCGGACCUACACCCUGAUUCACUUCAUCGGCUACGUCAACACAGAGAUGAAGAAAGGCCAUAUACAGAGCUCCGACAGAUUUGAAAACAGCUGGAGUCCGGAGGCCUGGGUCAACGAGGACGAGCUGUACAGCGUCAGCCAGGCCGGGGGUACCAUGGUGUGAGGACCCCCGGUUCCAGAAGACCCCCCCCCCCCCACUGGUUCCAAUCCUGUGAACUCUGAAUCAAGCACACAUGUACUUUAUCAAGCCCCCCCUCACUUAUUUAAAAUUAUUAUUGUGAAUUAUGAUCAUAUUGCUUUGCUGAAAUCUUUCUGUAGCCUCUAAUAUGUCCACCGAGCAAAGGUCAGAGUCGAGGGAAACCAUUACAGGUUCCUCAUGAGGUCAUGAUGACACGCGCUCACACACGCACGCAUUCAGAUACACAAAAGAGCCAUUCGCAGAACACAACACACUCAGGCCACCGUAGGGGUGGUGUGGUAGAAAGAGUGUCUUUAAAUUGUGUACUUACAUUCUCCGAUAUAUCGGUCUGAUUUAUUUUCUCGCACUGUGCGAUCGCCUCGCCUCAACAACAAGACACAGCUCAACAAACAAGCCCAUCAUCGAAGUCCCUUGUUCGGUAUUGCCCUUUUUACCCCUGGGUCCCCCCCCCCCGCGCGGGGCCGCUGUGAUGUGAUUGGCUCCCAAGGUCGACGGGACCCCAUACCGACGUUGUGAAUGUGACCUUUGACCUCAGCAGACCCUAUAUUCUGUUGAGAGCCGCCGAAUGUAUUAGUUAUUAAUCUUUAUUUAAAGGAGCCUUUAAAUUUAAUGUAAAACAAUGUAUUUUAUGUUUAGGUUUUAUUUAACUUAUGUAAAUGUGACAUUAAACAUUGACACUAUAUGA